AUGCGUUCCGCUCAGUUCCUUGCCCUCGCGAUGGCCGUCGCUACCUCCGAGGCCGUUUCUCAGGGUUUCAACUAUGGUGCCACCAAAGGUGACGGCAGCGUCAAAACUCAGAGUGACUUCGAGACCGAGUUCACCACCGCCAAGAACCUCGUCGGAACCGACAAUGGUUUCACCAGUGCCCGUCUUUACACUAUGAUCCAGGGUGGCUCCACUAGCACCCCCAUCGAGGCCAUCCCCGCUGCCAUCAAGGAGAAGACCACUCUUCUGCUCGGUCUCUGGGCUUCCGGCGGUGGCAUGACCAACGAGAUUGCCGCUCUCAAGUCUGCUAUCGAAACUUACGGCGAGGAUUUCACCAAGCUGGUCGUCGGUAUCUCCGUCGGCAGUGAGGAUCUGUACCGUAACUCUCAGAUUGGUGCCGGUUCCAAUGCCGGUCCCGGUCUCGAGGCCUCCGAGCUUGUUGACUACAUCAACCAGGUCCGCUCCGCCAUCUCCGGCACCGCUCUGAGCGGUGCUGCCAUCGGUCACGUCGACACCUGGAACGCCUGGACCAACAGCUCCAACGCUGCCGCCAUCGAGGCUGUCGACUGGCUCGGCUUCGACGGAUACCCUUACUACGAGAACACCGAGCCCAACUCUAUCGAUGAUGCCAAGGGUCUCUUCCAGAAGGGUGUCAACAACCUCAAGGCCGCUGCCGGCGACAAGGAGGUCUGGAUCACCGAGACCGGCUGGCCCGUUAGCGGUGCCACCGAGAACGAGGCUGUUGCCAGCACCGCCAACGCCAAGCAGUUCUGGGACGAGGUCGCCUGUCCUCUCUUCGGUAACACCAACACCUGGUGGUACAUUCUCGACGAUGCUGGUGCCAACCCCAGCUUCGGUGUAACCGACUCCGAGUCCAACACCACUCCCUUGUUCGACCUGAGCUGCAAGGCCGCUACCAGCUCUGCUGCCUUCGCCUCCGGCACCCCCACUGCUACCCUCGCCCAGAAGUCUGGCUUCGUCUCUUCCGCUGCUGCUACCGCUACCUCCGGCUCUGGUGUCUCUGGCUCUGGUUCCGGCUCUAACUCCGCUUCCGGCUCUAGCUCCGGCUCUGGCGCUGGUGCCGCCGGUUCCUCCGCUGGCGCUGCCUCCUCUGCCGUCCCCAGCGGUGGUCGUCCCUCUACCAUCCCCAAGCCUAAGAGCUCUGCCUCUGCCUCUGCCUCUGCCUCCGGCGCUGCUUCCAGCUCUGGCUCCGGUUCCUCCGCUACUUCUACUGGCUCCUCCGGCUCCGGAUCUUCUUCCGGCUCCGGGUCUUCUUCCGGAUCCGGUACUUCUGCCUCAGGCUCCGACUCUGGCUCCGGCACUUCUUCUUCCACCUCUUCCUCUGCCUCUUCUUCUCCCAGCUUCAACUCUGCCGGCCGUGUCACUGGCUCCGCUUUCGGUGCUCUGAUUGGUGCCCUGGCCAUUGCUUUCACUUUCUAA